CACAGCUCCUACCAUGGCUUCUCUGAAACAUAUGUAAUACCAUUUGGUCCUACUAAGAACUGACUGUUCAAAUGUUGGAGCAUUUGAUUGAAAAAUCCUUCUUAGCCUUUUUAAAGAACCAGACCUCUCGGAAACCACCUUCAUAAGACCUGGGAGUCUGAAAGAAGCUGGUGCUGAACCCCAGUUUUUUCCCUGAACAAGAAAAAUGGGCUGUGAUCGAAACUGUAGGCUCAUCACUGGUGCUGUCAUUGGUGCAGUCCUGGCUGUGUUUGGAGGUAUUCUAAUGCCAGUUGGAGACAUGCUUAUUCAGAAGACAAUUAAAAAGGAAGUUGUCCUUGAAGAAGGUACAACUGCUUUUAAAAACUGGGUUAAAACAGGCACAGAAGUUUACAGACAGUUCUGGAUCUUUGAUGUGCAGAAUCCAGAGGAAGUGGCAGCUAACAGCAGCAAAAUUAAAGUAAAGCAAAGAGGUCCUUACACGUACAGAGUUCGUUAUCUAGCCAAGCAAAAUAUAACCCAGGACUCUGAGACCCACACGGUCUCUUUCCUCCAGCCCAAUGGUGCCAUCUUUGAACCUUCACUAUCAGUUGGAACUGAGAAUGACACUUUCACUGUUCUCAAUCUGGCUGUGGCAGUUGCACCCCAACUCUAUCCAAAUGCAUUUGUUCAAAUAAUAAUCAAUAGCUUUAUCCAAAAAUCAAAAUCCUCUAUGUUUCAAAAGAGAACUUUGAAAGAAUUCUUGUGGGGCUAUAAGGAUCCAUUCUUGAGUUUGGUUCCAUACCCUGUUCCUACUACAGUUGGUGUGUUUUAUCCUUACAACAAUACUGCAGAUGGCGUUUAUAAGGUUUUCAAUGGAAAGGACGACAUAAGCAAAGUUGCCAUAAUUGACACAUAUAAAGGCAAAAAGACUCUCUCCUAUUGGCCAAGUUAUUGUGACAUGAUUAAUGGUACAGAUGCAGCCUCAUUUCCCCCUUUCAUUGAGAAGACCCAGGUGUUACAAUUCUUUGCCUCUGACAUUUGCAGGUCAUUGCAUGCUGUGUUUGGAGCCGAAAUUAAUCUGAAAGGAAUCCCUGUGUAUAGAUUUCUUCUUCCAUCCAGGGCUUUUGCAUCUCCACUUCAAAACCCAGACAACUAUUGUUUCUGCACAGAAAAAAUCAUCUCCAAAAAUUGUACCUUAUAUGGUGUGCUAGAUAUUAGCAAAUGCAAAGAACGAAAACCUGUGUACAUUUCACUUCCUCAUUUUCUACAUGCAAGUCCUGAAAUUGCAGAACAUAUUGAAGGCUUAAGCCCAAAUGAAGAAGAACACAGCACAUACUUAGAUGUUGAACCUAUAACUGGAUUCACUUUACAAUUUGCAAAAAGGAUGCAGAUCAACAUGCUGGUGAAGCCGGCACGUAAAAUUGGAGCAUUAAAGAAUCUGAAACAGAAUUAUAUGGUGCCUAUUCUUUGGCUCAAUGAGACUGGCACCAUUGGUGAUGAGAAGGCAGAGAUGUUCAGAAAUCAAGUGACUGGAAAAAUAAACCUCCUUGGCCUGGCAGAAAUUAUCUUAAUGAGUGUUGGUGCAGUGAUGUUUAUUACUUUUAUGAUUUCAUAUUGUGCAUGCAGAUCGAAGACUACAAAAUAAGAAGCAGGUGAGUCUUUACAGUUAUGCACCAGCUAUGUCAGGACCUUUCUUAAUAUAGACCUACAAAACGAAGAUUUAAUAUGCUUUAUUUUUGCAAAACACACCUUAUCUUAUAGUUGAACAACUGGCGGCACUUUUUUUUUUUGUAUCGAGCAACAGCACGUUUCUAAAGGAUCAUUAACAUGUCGUUAAAAUCCAUACUUUAAACAGAAAACAGCACCUUUUAUCAUUCAACAUGUUCACAAUGGAAUGGAGUUCAGUUUCUACAAAUCCAGUUAUUUUUAUUUGGUACUGAUUCACUGAUUGGGUCCCUGUUGCUAAAUUCAGCAGAGAGGUAGAUGUCCUAAACAAAUCCUGGACUCUGAACGCUUGUCGUCCUCAUCAAAGGGAAAACAUCACUACCUUCAUCAGCAUCUCUGCGACACACAGACCCCAGGACUGUCAGUACAUUGCAUUUCAUGAGCAUCAACUACUUUGAAAGACAUUUAAAAGUGGAAACUAAAUGACUGGCCUAUGAACCAUUUAUUAAACAUUUCUUUCUCUAUCAAAUCUUUUAUACAGCAUGAGCAGUCCUUAUAAACCAUGCUCUUUAUAACAAUAUGGGCUUAUAUUUUUGUCAGUGAUUACAUAAAUGGAUAUGUUUGGGACUUUUUCAUUUCCCACAUCCUGCAGCUUUUCUGGAAAUCUGAGUAGAUUUUGAUCUUUUCACUCAGUUGGAUACAACUUAUGCUUGGCAACUUCAGAAUGCUGUGCUAGUAUUGAGAUGUAAAUGGUAAUAAAUUACUGUGUGGAGGACUACAAAGAGUAGAAUGUACAUUUAUAGUUAUUUGUUGUAAUAUUUCUUGCUUUCAUACUUGCCUCAGAAAGACCAGUUUCAAAUGGUAAAAAAUACUGCUCCUUAAAUUCCUGAGAUUUUGCCCAGUUCCUGUUGUGUCACAAAACAUUUUCUCUAGU